UACUAUUACUCUAUCAACCUCGAACUCUAUCUGAUACUAGCAUAGCAACAUGGCUGGAAAGGCUAUCCUUUUCACUACUCUCCUUGUGGUUAUUGCUAGGAACUCCUUAUAUCCUCCUACAUUUUUAAACUGCUAGUAGAAAUGCAUAUCCUUGGACAUGUAUGUUUGUUUUGUGUCGUUGUAUUACAUUGAUUUUUACUAAAUUCAAUUUUGAACUUAAUUAUGAUUUGCAGCCUAUCAUUAGAUGGCCGUACGAGAUCAGCCUGAAGAUGUACUCCAGAUUGCAGCAAAACUAUUUCAAGAUGAUCCAACUUGUGGAAAACCUUGUGAUACCAAAGAUGAUUGCUCUGGUUUGUUCUGUAGCGAAUGUUGGAAUUUUAGAAAGACCUGUGGACCACCUGUUGGUCCUGCCAUGGCCCGACGAGAUCAACCUGAAGAUGUCUUAGAAAUUGAAGCAAGACUAUUUCAAGAUGAUCCAACUUGUGGGAAACCUUGUGAUGCGAGAGAUGAUUGCUCUACUGGUUUGUUCUGCAGCGAGUGCUGGAAUUUCAGAAAGACCUGUGGGCCACUUGUUGGUCCUGCCAAGGCCCGACGAGAACAACCUGACGAUGUAGCACAAAUUGCAGCAGGAUUAUUUCAAGCUGAUCCAACUUGUGGGAAACCUUGUGAUACGAGGAAUGAUUGUUUUGGUGGUUGGUUUUGUAGCGAAUGUUGGAAUUUCAAAAAGACCUGCGAGCCACUUGUUGGUCAUGCCAUGCGCAUGCGAUUUCAAUAUCAUCGCGUAUCAUUCUUGUGGUCUUUCCCACUUUUAGUCAGUUAUAAGAUAAAUAAAACAAGUGACGAAGGUGUUGCUCAGGAGACAUAA